UGUCCAUCUGUUCCCAUGCUAUGUGUUGCUCCUGGAUGUGUGCCCUGCCUUCUUGCUUCACUUUUAUUCUCAGCUUUCCCCUGGGCCCCUGACGGCAUCAGCCGUAGUCCCUCCCCUUGUGAUUUUCUUUGCAGCCCCAGACACAGCAGCUGCAGCUCACCUUUUGGCUCUCUGUGCCAAAGUUUUAACAUCCUCCCUUGCCUUUUUGAGGGCAUCAGCAUUUCUUGCUCUUGGUCAUCUGGGAGGAAUAAUGCCUCAGCCUUGAGGCACUGCUGCUCUCCCAGGCAUCUUGUUGCCUCUCCUUCGGCCCCUGCAACUUCUGGAAGAGGAAGGAAAAAGGAUUAGAGUCUGCUGUUGGGGCAGGGAGUGGUGGUGCUCUUCCCUAGCCUCCAAGAGGACGCCUGAGUGUGGUGUUGCCACAGCAACAACUUCCACUUAUCCCUAGAUAAGACGGGCAAGAGCAUCACAGCAGCCCCAGCCCAGGCAGAUCCUUCAGUGAGCCCCGAGGACAAACUGCACCUUCCCUGCCACCUCACACUGCUCAUAUCUUUAUAGGAGGGGAAAAGCCUCUUUCAAUGAUGUCAACAGAGUGUGUUCAGCCACUUGAUAUCCCAGACGACAGACUGGACAAGCAAGAUUCACAGUGUAACCAUUUAGAAGAUCUUUCAGAGCAGCUGAUUAAAAGCUGUGACCUCAAAAAAAAACCAAGAAAAGGUAAAGCUCUCACAGCUUCCCAGAAGACUGAACAGGAGCAAAAGAAGCCAAAGAGAAAAGAUACACCGGCUUUUACUCCACUACCUCUAACAGGCAUAGUUUCAGACUCAUCUGAAAAUCUGCUGAAAAGGUAUGGUAUCACAGAGAAGUCACAGAGAGAGAGAGUGAGUCCAGUCACUCCAAUCACUGAAUUGGAGCAGAAAAAGCCCAGAAGAAAAGAUACACCUGCAAUACACAUCCCACCUUUGAUAAUAGGCACUAAGCUGUUUACAGAAGAACAAACAGUGAUUAUGGAAGAUGAAGAAAAGGAUGGAGACACAAUCCACAGUUAGAUUACAGUGAUAUUUCAAUAAUACAGUGUAAAUAAUCAUGGGUCAUUCAAAGUGGCAGCACAUUAAAAAAGAUCUUUCAUCUUUAUAAAUAAUUUUCUCAGUUGUACACUUGAAUUUAAACUAUUACCAAGUGCUUAUCUGCAUCUUAUAAUUCCCAGCAAGCUUCAUUGGAGAUGAAUGGCAGAAAUUUCAGUUGCACAGGGUUGAAGGAUUCUGUUGGUUUACUACAAGUGGCUUCCUACCAUUUUUGUGAAUGAGGAAUCCACCUCAGUUCAGCUCUAGCUUUGUGCAGUAUGGUUCUCAUACAGUACCUGGCACUAGAAGUGGUAGUGCAGAGCAGCAAAACAUCAACUAAUUAUUCAAAUUGCUUUUUUUGCCUGAACACUUCACCUUAUUUUCCCAGCUUUCCUUUCCUGAAAAAGCACUGACCACAGUGAAAUUUGCCAUGUGCAGAGCUGAUGGGAUAGAUGAAGAAGGUGAGAGGGCCAGGAUUCCCCUCUAGAGUCCCUGAAAUGCAAAGCUAAAAUUUCCUCUGCCUGUCUCUGCUCAUGACUUGUGUCUGUAAGGAGGAAAAUAUAGAUUUACUGUAGAAUUAAAAUUACACCUAAGGGGUCUCAGCAUUGACAGACACAUCAAAUAGGAUGGAGGGCAGAGAUCUCAGAGGAGAAAUACUAGGGAAGUGCAACACCUGCCUGUGACAGAAGUGUAGACAAUUGUCUCCACUGCCUUGGUGAAAGCUGAAAUAGUUGGAUAGUUGAUCUUUUUUGCUCCAAAUAAUUUUUUUUCACAUCUGCUUUUUAAAUUGAGUCCUAGGGUAAUCAGUUAGGAGAUGUUGUAAAGAUUCAAAAUCACAGAAAGGUAAAAAUUGAGUAAAAGGAAUAAUGUUACUCAAUGGCAUCUGCUUACUGCAAGGUAGAAGAGCAUCAUGAAUUUUUUAAUAGUUUACCUCAAUGAUUCAAAAAAUUGUUGUCACAGCCAGCUACAGCCUUCAGCAUCUGUAGAGAGAUGGUUAUUGGUAGAAUAUUUUACAAAAAAAAAUUAUAGAAGUGGACACUUUUUGCUUGCCUUAAUAACUCUGGGCUAGAUGGAGUAGCACUGCAAGCUGAACCCUUAGGGAACUAAGCAGGGAUGCUGAAGAUUAUCCAGCCUGGCAGACUGAAUUUAGUUAUCUUUUAAACUCACUUAGACAGACAUCUGAGGACCAUACUAGUUUGGAGUCCAUUUUCCACUCUGACUGACCCAGUAUUUUUCAUGAGAAUGCAGUCCAUUCACAAAUAUGUGUGAACAUAUACUCUCAAGAUGUAGUCAACGAGCUUACAAUAAAUAAUUGCAUAUUAAAUUGUACAAGAGGUCUGCAAUAUGAUUAAUGGGAUGUCUCUUAAUCUAGAAAGUGUACAUGUUUUUAUCCUAUUAAUCUGUCAGUGAGAUAAUAUUUAAUAUAUAAACAAUCAAUGGUUGAAAUAAGAACAUUAAUAUAAGAUCCACAGUAAAGUAUGCCACAACAAGUAUAUGACAAGAAAUAUGCUUGACUCAGGUCUACCUUUACCAGGUGAAUAUUUUCAGUGCAUGUGUAGUGAGUUGACCUUGGCUAGAUGCUAGGUGCCCACCAGGCUGCUCUGUCACUCCCCUUUACAGCAGUGAAGAAAAAAUAAGAUGCAAAACAACUAGUAGGUUGAGAUAAGGCAGUU